AUGCCUCUUAUAAAACGUGCCAUUUCACCUGUCAAUGUGAGUUUGCAUCGUUUACCAGCAUCGGUGCAAACAGACGAGUUGGAAUGCGUUGCUAAUGGUACACUAGCGAAUUUGGUACGACAAUUGAGCUCGUUGAGCAGACAUGCUGAACAUAUUUUUGGUGAAAUUUAUCAUGAAGCUGUCAAGGUUGAUCACAAAACGAAUACAAUGGCUCAACGCAUUGAUCGGUUAACACAUAAAGUAACACAGCUUGACUGUAGUCAAGAACAGGUCUCGUUGGAAGAUUUGCACAUGCGUAAGCCAUUCAAGAGUAGCGCACUGAUUGAUCAGCAUACACUCGAUCGUCAAACUUUACCAUCUGCAUUGAGUGAGUGCUAUGCAGCAUGUGAUCAACCACCGAAUCUGGACGCGUUAAAUCCUUAUCGGGAUGAUAAAAAGGGCGCAUUGAAAUAUUAUACGGAUCCGUCGUAUUUUUUCGACCUUUGGCGUCAAGAAAUGUUGAAAGAGAUGGGUGAUGGACGACGAGCAAAAGCUGUUAAAUCACCAACCGAUAAUAAGAGUCCAUCUAGAAAGAAACGUAAUAGGCAAUCAGCAAGCAACGAUAUGAUGCGGCAAGCACCUCUCUCAUCAAGAUAUGUAACAGCAACUCAGCAACGUACUACAGACGUGAUGCAUUUUCCUGCUGAAUAUCAAGCACCACAGAUCGUACGAAUGGAACAAAUUCAGGCACCGGUUGGUAUGAGUGUGCCAAUCAGUAAUGGUUAUACAUCUUUGCACAGUACAGUUAUUACUUCCCCAGCGCUCAAUACAGCCUCAUCUACCGUCAUGGAUGCAAUGAACGAAUCACGAGCAGUGAGUGAUCAGUUAUCACGCAUGCAAUUGGAAGUAGAAUCGGGCAGUAGUGCGACUACAGCGGUGAACUUGCUGGAUGUGAAUGUGGACGUUGACGAUGACGAUGAACUGCCGCCACCGCCUCCUCCGCUGAUGCAUACAUCGUUGGUUUGUCAGAUGCCAACGCCAACCACCAUGCAACUCGUACCGCCAUCUCAACAAACGUUAUCAUCAACUGCCAACGCCACUCCACCAACUGCCACUGCUGCAUCCAAUCAACCGCAAUCUCAACAACAAACUAACGUUCAGACGGUAUCCUCAUCGAAUACAGUCGUUGUUGGUUCAUUUGCAAACAAUGCCAAUGCUGUCAUCACUAGCGCAGCUACCGAGGCGGUCAACACUAAAACUACAGAUGACGACGAUAGAACGUCUUCUUCCGAGCAACAAAUGACUCGUUCGAAUUUAUUAGCCGAAAUUCAAUCCGGCAUCAAGCUUAAACAAGUUCAACGCAAAGAGCAAGCGGCUGAAGAGAAGGCGGCUGCAGAAGCGAAUGAUGUGGCUGCAAUCCUCAGAAGACGUAUGGAACACGUGCUUGGUAAUUCAGAUACAGAUUCGGAUUCACAGUCAGAUGAUGAUGAAGAGUGGGAUUAA